AACCUUCUGUAAUGCGGGUGUUAAACGAUACUCUAGUGGUCCGUCGUUUACACCUUCCUCCGACAAUUGAACUUUAGCUGUAAAAAUUUAUUGGCCCAGUCAGUUCAAAGACUUUAAACGAAGUAAUCGCGGAGUGAAUUCAACAAAGUGGAACAUACAAGCGUUGUCGAUUUCAGUACUCGCCUAAGAGCAAAUUGCGUGGGAUUUUUACUUAGUUCUUUUUUUUUCUUCUUCAGCUUAGUAAUCGGGUGAAAAAAAAAGUGGAAAUGUUUAUUUCUUGUGUUUUAAAUGACUGAAAUUUACCCGAGGGAGAAUUCGUGAGUGAUUCAUGUAACGGAUAUUUACAGCAGGAGUGUUAAUGCGGAUGGGAAAAGCGAAUUGACUUCUUUUUAAGACAGAACACCUUUUGACACGGAAUUUCACCCAACAAUGCAGUCGGCGGUUCACUUUGGGACAGCAAUCCACCGGGGAACCAGUCGUUUACAAGUCGUCAUGUAACCGGGUGCGACAAAACCAGUUAACAGCUAAUUUUCGCGAAAUUGAUUUUUCGCCCCGUGUAAAAUUAGGUUUUUAUUAUUUCUCACGUGUAUAGCAAUCACUAACAAAUUGCAAUGUACCCGGCUUAACACGUGGGUUCGAGAAUCGUAAAAACACCCAAGACCAGGGCUGAGGUUCCAAGGCACUUAGUCCCCCCCUGCAGACAUGAUUUGACGGCAAUAUCAAUUGUGUUCUCGCUGUGAGAUUCACAGAUCACCAACUAUUCAAAGAAUCAACAUAGCCUCGAUUCUACUCGCAAUUCUUGAGACGAUUAGUUUCUCUUUAACGAGACUUCGCACCGAUCGCCAGCCGCUUCGGUGUAAAGGACUGAGUUUGACUUUAUGUACAUAAGCAAAUAUUUCUCACUGCCAGGGGGCGGGGGAUGGCGAACUUGACGAUCAGCUGGACCCGCUAUUAAAACGCCGUACAAUUUACUUAGCACAGGAUUCAACCAAUAAAAAAACACAAACCUCGAUUAUCGGCCAACGCUAUAUCUUACUUGUCCAGAGAUUUCAAUUAUUCACCGAAAAUGUUCUACACUGUCUCCUCAUUUCGUACUUAAAUACCUUAGAAGACUUAUGCUACAAAGAAAAAGAGAGAAAGAGAGAGAAAGACAAAGAAAAAAGACAGAAAAGAAGCUGAAAUAAAAACUACAAAUUAGAUUUGUUUGACAGACCGAUAUGGACUCCUCUAAAGCGAGGUUGUGGUUUGAGAAAUAUGUGACGUAAUUGCGAUGCGGAUUAUAAAUCGAUUUAUGUUAAAUCGCUCAUUGUUAAAGGUAUUGGGAUGAAAUACGUGACGACGUUUUCGUGGGACUAGACAUUUUCACCUGUGAUUGCAGUACACAGUGCCUGCCUAUGACUCUAAAAUGCGGGUCAUUUGGUUCCUGCUACUAUUAGUAACUAGCUACUAUUUUACGGAAAGUAAGAAGGGAAGAGCGAGGCACAAAGGACGAAUAAAAGGGAUAAAGUGGUGGACACUGGCGAAUUUCGGGGAGAGGUCCAACUCCCUUCGUUCCUCUGUGACGAAGUUAUACGAGAACCCAAGUCUCCUGCCACUGACGAAGCGCCAGCGGAAGUUGGUCACCCGAAACCCAGGCACCAUCAUGGCCAUCGCCAAGGGGGCGAAGACUGCCAUGGACGAGUGUAAAUACCAGUUCCGAAACCGACGGUGGAACUGCCCUACCUAUCAGGACAGACAUGGGGGGUCGGUGUUUGGGAAGAUAUUGCAGAAAGGUUGUCGGGAAACAGCUUUCAUAUACGCCAUAACGAGUGCGGCUGUGUCUCAUUCAGUAGCACGUGCGUGCGCCGAGGGCAGCGUACACACAUGCACGUGCGAUUACGCACACAACCGAGUCCCAAGCGGAAAGGAUUGGGAAUGGAACGGUUGUAGUGACAAUGCUAAAUUUGGACAUAAGUUUUCGCGCAGAUUCGUCGACGGGAUUGAGAAAGGACGAGAUUUCCGUUACAUGAUGAAUUUGCAUAACAACGAAGCCGGGCGUGUUCACGUGUCCUCGGGUUUGAAGCAAGACUGCAAGUGUCACGGGAUGUCUGGGAGCUGCACGAUCAAGACGUGCUGGAUGAAGCUGCAGUCCUUCAGACGAGUCGGGGACCUCCUUAAGGACAGAUUCGACGGCGCCACUAAAGUCCUGCCAGGUAACAACGGCAAGACCCUCGUGGAAGGAAAUGCCGGUAGAGGGCGAGGCAGGCGCAAGAGAAGGUUCAACUUCCAGCCGUCGAACCCGAAGCACAAAAAGCCCGGGAGACGAGAUAUUGUUUACUUCGAGAAUUCGCCGACGUUCUGCGACAAGGACGGGAGCAUCGGUUUCGACGGGACCCACGGGCGAGCCUGCAACGCCAGCUCCAUCGGGAUCGAUGGGUGUGACUUGAUGUGUUGUGGGCGGGGCUACAAGUCCGAGAAGUACGUCGUUCAGGAGCGAUGCAGUUGUACAUUUCACUGGUGCUGCCAGGUCAAGUGCAAGACGUGCACGCGGACAAAGAUGAAACAUACAUGUCUAUAAAUAGGCUGGUGGCGAUGGUUGUGACGUCAUGGUGUUUCUGUGAUGUCACUAAUGGGCGGCACUAUCAAUGAGAGUUGUAGAUUGCUACAGUUAUACCAGGAUAUGGACCAGAACAAAACAUAAAAACAUGUGACGACAUUAUGACAUUAACCAGAGCUACUAACGAAGACAGUUGGAGUAGGUAUACAGGAACAGUACAGUACUUUGUUUUUAUUGAUGCUUUCAAAUGUAGUGCUAGGAUUGCAGAAAGACAAAUCUGCUGUUGAUUUGUCACGUGAUAUAUGACGUCGUUAAGCGUUCUUUGGAUUAGCUGUAUAUAUCGUUAUGACAUAGAAAUAACACGUGAUAUAUGACGUCGUUAAGCGUUCUUUGGAUUAGCUGUAUAAAUCGUUAUUACAUAGCAAUAGCAUGUGAUAUAUGACGUCGUUAAGCCUUCUUUGGAUUAGCUGUAUAUAUCGUUAUUACAUAGAAAUAACUCGCGUCGAUGGUGUCAUCAUGCGAAAUGUUGACACAAAGUAACACGCAACAUACAAUCUAUGUUGUGUAAUUUUAUUCUGUUGAACACAUUAUUACUGGGAGUAUACUUAAUCAAUUUUGGUCACCUAAUUACUCGUGGAAUUCUAAUUUAAAAUAAAAUUAAAUAGAAAAAAAUGCAGCAAGAAAAUACAAUAAAAAAAACCCCAUUAGAUGUACAUUUCAUGUUUAUUACGUCAAUUUGAAUUUAAUGUUGCUUGUCGUUUAGUGAUGCUUUUCAAGAAACAUUUGGUUGCUGAUGUGUUGAUGACGUCAUGGACACAAAAUAAUUAUGUAUAGUAAACAAAAUUUGACCUGUAAGACGUUUUAUGUUUUACAUAAUGUACCUAUAUGCAUUUGUUUAAAUGAGGAAGCCGUUUGUAAUUAUUUUGAUUGGCUGUUAAUUUUUUUAUGACGUCAUGGACACCGAAUACUUCUUUAUAGUAAACACAGUCUGACCUGUAAUACUUUGUAUGUUUUACUUGAUGUACACAUAUGCAUUUUAAAACAAAAUAAUGAAGCCGUUUGCAAUUGUUUUGAUUGGCUAAUGUAUCGGUCACCUUAGUGGCCUGUGUCAGAGAGGUCAAGGCCAUAAAAUGAUGUAAGAUAGACGUCUAAGAUGUAUACAGUAAAACCUGUGUUAAACGGUCAUAAUGUAUAGGCUUGGAUUGGAACUGCUUGUCUUUACAACAGUGCACAGUUAGAAUGCGGCGCGUUUGACUAUUAAUCGUUCACUAAACAUGGAAUUUAAAGGGACAUUCACGAGUUUGCUGCAUUGUAAGAUGUUUCUGACUAAUAAAAUAUUUCUACGAUUAAACUUACAUAUUAAAUACAUUUUCUUGUUUAG